AUUCUGGGAAAGAGAACUCCAUUUUACAGACUGUGCUAAGAAGAGAAAGACUGUAACUUCCAUGCUCCCAUGUGGCAGCAUCGCUGUUUCACCGCACAUUUCCUAUAAUUCAAUAAAUCUACUGACUUCAUCAUACAGUCUUGUCUAUUGAAAAGUAGGGCAGUUUAUCUGCAUGUCAAACUACACACACGCCACGGGGUAACGUGUAGCGAGGACAGAACAGUGAAACAGCGGCUACCCAGCCAGUGGGACUCAAGACACAGAGACCUGCUAUAGUACAGCUACCUGCUUACAUAUACACAGCACUCUCUGCACAGCCAGGCAUCUUCUUAAAGGCACAAUGUCUCAGAAGUCUUCACACAAAACAAGAUCUGUUGCUUCUGUCUCCUCAAAAGCUUCAUCUAUUAGCAGUGCAGCUGCCAUUGCCCGCGCAAAAGCUGAAGCAGCUACAACGCGAGCAGCGUUCGCUGAGCAAGAGAUGCAAUUAAAAAUAGAGAAGCCACGCCUAGAAGCAAGAUUAGAGAAACUUGCUGCAGAAAAGGAAGCUGCAGCCACCAUUGCUGAAGCAGAGUUCUUAGAGGCCAUAGAGUACCCCAAAACACAAAGACCUGACAGCAUACCAGAUUUUAUCCACAGGUCUGCAGACCAAUCAGAAGUGAAGGUACAGAAUCCUAGUAAGCAGUGUCCUAUACAUCAGAAGCCUCAUCCUCUCCAAAAAUGUAGAGCCUUCAGAGAGAAACCAGUGGAAGACCGCAAAAGAUUCUUGAAAGAGAAUGGCAUCUGUUACAAGUGCUGUGCAUCCACAUCUCAUUUUGCCAAGGAUUGCAAGGUCAGUGUAAAAUGCACAGAAUGUGACACCACAGAUCACCGCACAGCUUUACAUCCUGGUCCAGCGCCAUGGAGUUCACAAAGCACUUCAAGUGACACUAAGCAUGGCGGGGAGGAAGGGAGUACUGCUACAACUUCACCAGUGGUCACUUCACAAUGCACAGAAGUGUGUAAAGGAACAUUAGACAGCAGAUCCUGCUCCAAAAUCUGCCUUGUCCGAGUCUAUCCAAAGGGACACAAAGAUAAAGCUGUAAAAAUGUAUGCUAUCCUGGAUGAUCAGAGUAAUAGAUCCUUAGCCCGGUCAACAUUCUUUGACAUCUUCAAAAUUCAAGGACCAAGCACUCCCUACUCCUUAAAAACCUGUGCAGGUACCACAUCAACAAUGGGAAGGAAGGCAACUGGCUUCCAAAUUGAAUCCUUAGAUGGUCAGACAUGCCUGCCCUUGCCUACCAUAAUUGAGUGCAACCAAAUUCCUGACAACAGGUCUGAAAUUCCUACACCAGAUGUAGCCAGCUACCAUGCACACUUAAAGUGUAUGGCACAUCUUAUACCAGAAAUUAAUCAUCAGGCCCAGAUAAUCCUACUUCUUGGGAGAGAUAUCUUGCAAGUACGCAAAGUAAGGCAUCAUAUUAAUGGGCCCCACAACGCUCCCUUUGCCCAAAGGCUAGACCUAGGAUGGGUCAUAAUAGGAGAUGUAUGCUUGGGACGCACGCACGCUCCCACCUCUGUGACCAGCAUGCUCACAAAUAUGCUAGAAAAUGGUCGCCCUUCUCUUUACCAAGCAUGCCACAAUAAUUUUCAUGUCAAAGAACAGCCAUACAGCACCCAACUGCUCUGUCCCUACAAAGAUCUUCCUUGUGACAGCUAUGCAACGUCUAACAUUUAUGAAGAUCAGUUAGGAUGUACAGUUUUUCAGAGAACAAAGAAGGACAAUCAGGUGGCAAUGUCUAUAGAGGACAAGUUGUUUUUAGACAUAAUGCAUGAUGGAUUUGUUAAAGAUGAAACUAAUAGCUGGGUCGCACCUCUUCCAUUCAGGAGUCCCAGACAGCGCCUGCCUAACAACAGAGUGCUUCGGAUUAGGAGAUCUGUCCAUCCAAACCAGUGGCACUAUGUACCUACAGACCAGAACCCUAAUGAUCACGCUACUAGAGCCGUUGCUGCUAGUCAUUUGAAAAACACUACAUGGCUGUCAGGACCAAAAUUCUUGUACAAUUUAAAGCAGACCACUACUGAAGCCUUUGAAUUAGUGAGUGCAGAAUCAGAUGUUGAAAUCCGCCCUCUAGGUGUCUACAAAGUGCCUACACUUCACACAACGACCUCAGAUAGCCGACUAGGAUCUCACAGAUUCCAGCAAUUUUCAACCUGGAAGUCACUUGUUCGAGCUAUUACCUGUUUAACUCACAUAACUCGCUCAUUCAGAAGUAUGAGAACUUCUAGUUUGAAUGAAUGUAAAGGUUGGAAUCACUGUACAAAGGUCUAUGCAGUAUCAGACCUGGAACAUUCAAGAAACCACAUUAUCUUUACUGUUCAACAACAAGCCUAUUCUAGAGAGAUUGCGUGCCUUACCAACAAAAGACCAAUACAUAAGGACAGUGUAUUGAAUAAGCUUGACCCAUUUAUUGAUAGCAAUGGCCUACUGAGAGUAGGAGGCCGACUUAAGGAAGCAAAACUGGAGUUCAGAGAGAGAAGCCCUCUUAUAAUUCCUGGUUAUUGCCACAUUGCUGCUUUAUUCGUUAAGCAUUAUCACAAUGAGGUCAGACAUCAAGGAAGACUAUUUACGGAAGGAGCCUUAAGAACUGCUGGCCUAUGGAUUAUCAGUGCAAAGAGGCUCGUAAGCAGUAUCAUCUUCAAAUGUGUCACCUGUCGCAAACUUCGAGGUCUACACCAGACACAAAAGAUGGCUGAUCUGCCUGCAGACAGACUUGGCACAGAACCUCCUUUCACCAAUGUUGGCCUUGAUGUUUUUGGACCUUGGUCAGUCACCACGGUACGUACUAGAGGUGGUCAAGUUAACAGUAAACGCUGGGCAGUCAUAUUCACCUGUAUGUCUAUCAGAGCUAUUCAUAUAGAGGUCAUUGAGUCUCUAGACACCUCGAGCUUCAUUAAUGCUCUCAGGCGUUUUAUUGCUAUUCGAGGCCCUGUGAAGCAAAUCCGUUCAGACAGAGGUACUAACUUUGUUGGAGCAGCCAAAGAAUUAAAAAUUCCCUCAAAUGUGGACUACAAAAGUGUUGAGAGAUUCUUGAGUAUCCAAAGUUGCACAUGGACAUUCAACCCACAACAUUCUUCACAUAUGGGAGGAUCCUGGGAAAGAAUGAUCGGCAUAGUUCGAAGAAUUCUUGACUCUAUUUUUCUACAGAACUGCAACCUACAUGCAGUGUCCAGAAGUACAAGGUGUUCAGUGCUCAAAGACACAGUCACUGUACAGAAAGCUGAAACCCGACCACCACUGAACGUCAAGUUGAAAUGCAAAGACUGGACCAAGAAAUAUCUGAAGACAGAUUUUACAAAGCUUUUAUGGACUAAUGAGAUGAGAGUGACUCUUGACAGUCCAGAUGGAUGGGCCCGUAGCUGGAUCAGUAAUGGGCACAGAGCUCCACUUUGA